AUGCAGCUCACCCUCGCAUGCGACUCGAGUUUGCCUUCGGCCGCGAACGCGCCUACGCAUGGGAUGUUUACCACCCUGGGCGUCGGGCUCUCUCCUGAUCGAGAGUCGCUCACGGGCGUCGUGCGCGUGCGCAACGUUGCGUUUGAAAAGUCCGUUUCAGUGAUUUAUUCCACGGACGAUUGGAACACUCAGGCCGAGGCGUCUGCACGUUGGACGGGCGCAUAUAGGCUCGGCACGGAGAGCCCAGAGGUCCCGCCCCGUCCGGAAGGAUACGAUGACUUUGAGUUCAGGAUCCCUUUGAAGGAUAUGGGCAUUCGCGGCUCGGCUGGGUCAGCCGUUCGGGCUAAAAUACUACAUUUCGCGGUAAAGUACGAGGUGCCGGGCCAAGGCGAAUGGUGGGACAAUCGCAACGGCCAAAACUGGACCGCGAGGUUCCGCGCUGUGAAUGCGGGACUCUGA